CUUCCUUCAGCAAAUGCCCUAGCCUCCACCAAAGAAAGCAAACCCUAGCAGCCUCCACCAAUCGAUGUCGCCGUCUGUCGAGUGAGAGACUGCUGCCGCCGUCCGUCGCACUCAAGAACUACCGUCUUCGUGGUCUCGGGCCUCUCGCCGGAUCCUCCGCUUCGUGUGCUCGCAUCUCCCCUCUUUCCUCUGUGCUCGGCUGCUCGCGCCUCCCUCCGCCAGUGAGUGCUCGAGCUGUGCGCGUUGGUUGCUGCUCGUUGUCCGUGGUUGUCUCUGCUCGAUUCUGCCUCCCAGUGUCACUCGAGUCUCGUCUCGGUCACUGGCAUCUCGUGGUUCGUCUGUCUCGUCGCCGGCGGCAGAAGCAACUCGUGGGGUUGUCUCUUGCUUCGUCGCCUUCUGUGGGGUGGUUGCCGACUCGCCGUCAACCGUUGUUUUUCCGGUUGAACCACGGUUAGACCGGUUGGACCAGUAAACCAGUGACUAGAGCGGUUUGAUGAUCGGUCCGGUUUCAGAACCUUGGUUUUUCGUGUUUCAUAAUCGUGUCUGCGUUUGAGAAAGAAAGAGAAAAAUGGAGAAAGGUAAAUACUUAGCAUUGGUUGGAACCGGUGCUCUGUUUGGCUCUGUAUCUACCAUCUUCUUUCUUAGGCUCCUUCAAAACCAUAAUGAAGUGGUUGAUUCACUCUUAAAGUCACUAAUUUUUUAUUUAUGUAUUUUUUUUAAUGCUACUGAGUUAAAUGGUCUUGAGACUUGCACUAUUGCUGGAAAGAAGAAUGAUAAGGCAGUUCAUGAAGAUCUUCUGAAGGAUGAGAUUGUUUCUGAACAUCUAACUAGGAACAUUCAGUUUUUUGGCUUUGAGUCUCAGCAGAAAGUGAGUGCAUCAUAUGUUGUGGUCAUUGGUCUUGGUGGGGUUGGCAGUCAUGCUGCAUCUAUGCUCUUGAGAUCAGGGGUCGGCAAGCUUCUUCUUGUGGACUUUGAUCAGGUUUCUCUUUCUUCAUUAAAUCGACACGCUCUUGCAACAAGAGCAGAUGUUGGCAUCCCAAAAGCGCAGUGCCUUAAGGAGCAUUUCUCAUCUAUCUUUCCUGAGUGCCAAGUAGAUGCAAAAGUACUGCUAUAUGAUUCAUCUACCGAAGAAGAAAUUUUGUCAGGCCAACCUGACUUUGUCUUGGAUUGUAUUGAUAACAUUGAUACUAAGGUGGCACUUCUUGCUGCUUGUGUACGGAGGGGCUUGAAGGUGUUAUCUGCCACUGGGGCUGGUGCUAGAGCUGAUCCAACUAGAAUACGCAUUGCUGAUUUAAGAGAGUCAACUAAUGAUCCAUUGUCUCGAGCUGUGAGACACCGUUUGAGGAAAGAUCAUGGCAUUGAAGGUGGCAUCCCUGUUGUAUUUUCUUUAGAAAAACCCAAAGCUAAGUUGCUUCCAUUUAAGGGUCCAAAUGGUGAAGAGGAAAAUCCUUCAGACUAUCAGAUAGUACCAGGCUUCAGGGUCCGUAUCAUACCAGUGUUAGGCACAAUCCCUGCGAUAUUUGGACAAGUUAUGGCAUCGUAUGUUGUGACAGAAUUAGCAGGAUUUCAAGUUCAAACAGAACCGAUAGUCAAUUUUGAUACCGAUCAUUACCAUACUCUCCAUCAACGCCUUAUUGAGCAUGAGGAGUUAGUAUAUGGAACAUCACAGCAAGUGCAGGUAGAUGUUGAAGAAGUGAUGUAUAUUGUAAAAGAAUUAUGGCAUGGAAGAAGUGCUAGAGACCAGCUUGUGAAAGAAGUUGGGCGAGGAAUGUGGCGAUUAGUUAAUGAAUUAAUGCUUGUAAGGUGGGAUUGCGAAAAGCCGGCUUCUAUAUCAAAUUUAAUUCUUUUGAAAUUCAAAGAGGUUGAUGAGCAUGAAUCUAGAACAUUGGAUGAUAUAAAGGAAAAGGAACCUGAAUUCUACAACAGUGUAGAUGCAGUGUUAAAACGAGCUGAAAUUGACUUUGGCUAUGCACAUUAAUACUUGUUAGUUUAAUUUAAUCAAGAGAGGGAACUUGUUACAUGUUGCUCUAACAAUAGAAGUAUGUAACAAGAUCAACAAUGUAAUAUUAAAAAUCUUGUAAUUGUUAUUUCUCUUUACUUUAUCAACCUUAUUAUGGCUUCUUUUUCUUUUCUAUUUAGUUGUAAUGCACAUUUAGGACAAAAAAUAUAUUUGAUAUUUAUUUAAUGCAUUGAAACCUUUUUUAGUUAUUUAAUCAA